AUGCUGUGUAUCUUGCUCCUGUUGGCCUUCAUUCUGACACCCAGGACAAGGGCAGGGGAGAUCAUCAGGGGACAUGAAGCCAAACCCCACUCCCUGCCCUACAUGGCCUACAUUGAGUUCACCUAUGCUACAGAAAUAUUUGCCUGUGGUGGCCUCCUGAUACAUGAGCAGUUUGUGCUGACAGCUGCUCACUGUUUUGACAGAGAUCUGGAGUCACAACAUGAAAAAACAAUCAUCUUACUGGGGGCUCACAACAUCAAGAAACAUGAGAAGACCCAGCAGAGCAUACUAGUUAAAGAACAAUUCACACAUCCACAUUACAAUCUUCCAAACAACAAUGACAUCAUGCUGCUGCAGCUGAAGGAAAAGGCCAAGCUGAGCAAAGAGGUACAGAUUCUAGAGCUGCCCAAGCGAGAAACCCGUGUGAUGCCAGGUGACUUGUGCCAGGUGGCUGGAUGGGGACUGAUAGACCGAAAGACUUUACCAGACACACUUCAGGAAGUGGAGAUGACAGUACAAACGGAUAAAGAGUGUGAAACCCGCUAUGCCAAUUACAACAGUGCUACUCAGAUGUGUGCUGGAGACCCAAAGUUGAAAAAAGGAGCCUAUGAUGGUGACUCUGGAGGCCCCUUCAUUUGUAAUAAUGUUGUUCAGGCCAUUGUCUGCUUUGGAAACUCAAAAGGAAUUCUGUACACCAAACUGUCACCUUAUAUAGACUGGAUAGAGAAAACCAUGCAACAUCUCUUACUGCAGCAAGCAAAUGAAGCCUCCUCUUUGAGAAACCAUCAGUUCAUGGCCUGA